ACCACGAUGAAUUAUCCAUUAUAACUCAGGUUUCCAGUAACUUCCCUUUGAACACUUUUUCUAGUCCGCAACCAGAGAAAAAAUCCACAACGGCAAAGUACCAAAGCUCCAGGUCAUACAGCCAUUCAGACUCUGAUGAUUCACUGACUUUUGUCACAGAUGCCGUCAGCUCGAACUCUCUAGGGAACCUCACCAUGCUGAGCCCCAUCUCUAGCACUGCUGGGGGUACAUCACAAACUGCUGCUUCAACCCACCACUCGCCUGCCACCAGCCCCGAUCACGUCAGACAUUUACAAAGCUCAAAUGCCACCAGCCCCGAUCACAUCAGACAUUUACAAAGCUCGACUGCCAGCAGCCAUCAGCAGUUUAUUCGCACGCCCCCUGGUG